AUGCCGAGAAUGACGGACUCGCAAGCAGGCCCGGGUGGUCCUUCGUCACUCAAAUUCGCUGCGCUUUCCGUACAGAGCUUUCACCUUGACAGUCCACCCUUCACUGGAGCCGCCGUCGGAGGUGCCGGUCCGCUUGACGAAGCAGGAAAACGUCUCGCUAGUCACGACGCUGAUCCUGCCUACCACUCGCUCGACAGCGGAUACUCGCAGCAUCAGCCUCAAAGUCCUGCCUGCAACGACCGACAGUCGAGAAGACCAGGUGGCAGCAGUCCACUCUCUAAAGCCAUCUCAGUAACAUCGUCAGGCGAGGACCAUGACCCAUACAGACGAUCCAUGUCUCAAACCCGCCCACCCUCUCAAUCCCAAACACUGCGCUCUCAGGAUCGACAACACAACACCGACGUCAAAUCUUCCAUGGCUCAACCACAGUCUCUACCACCUAAUGGCAUGACCACCUCAGAAGAUGCCCCUUCUGCCUCAAACCAUUCCGACCCACAUCGUAGCAAUGAUAGCAACGGUCAUCUCGAAUCUCGAUUUGAUCGUGACGUGCCUCACUGGGACUUGGACGAGAAGCUCUCGUCGCGCCAAGCAAGCUCUGCAAGUCUCGCCACUCUUUCCCCCGAUAAGCCCAUCAUGAGACUUUCGUCAACAGAAACAUCCUCUGCAGUAGACCGACCGGGAACGCGACGCUCAGACGAUUUCCAAACCGGUUCCAACCGCGAAACUUUAAUAGCUCCAAACCCUUCCAGCCAUAGGACAAACAGCAAUUCCACCAGCAACAGUCGCACGUUGUCCUUCUCAGCCGUGCUAGACGAGCGGCCAUCCUAUUCUCAAUUCUCCGAGGACCUCGAUGCGCAAGAAGAUGCUGCUUCAUCGGCUGCUGACAGGGAUGAAGAAGUCGAUGGCCCAGAGGGACUCUCUGCCGAGUUUCGCCUUCGCGAUCGUCGCGUACCACAGCAAGGACAGACGCAGGAAGACUACAGUUUCCCAAGACAUCGUCUGCCAACUCGCAUGCGCGACGAGUCCAAGACCCCGCUCGUGGUGGUCGCAUGUGGAAGCUUCUCACCACCCACGUAUCUCCACAUGCGCAUCUUUGAGAUGGCCAAGGAUCAGAUCAUCGAGUCUGGCAAGUACGAGCUGCUGGCGGGGUACUAUUCGCCCGUUUCGGACUACUACAAGAAAGAAGGUCUGGCCAAAGCCACUCAUCGCGUGAGGAUGUGCGAAUUGGCGGUGGAAAAGACAUCGACAUGGCUUAUGGUCGACGCAUGGGAGUCGUUACAGGAUGAAUAUCAGCGAACGGCCGUUGUGCUGGAUCACUUCCACGAUGAGAUCAACGGCUCUUCUAACGGUGGCGUUCUGCUCGGCGAUGGCACGCGCAAAAAUGUCAAGAUCAUGCUUCUCGCCGGCGGAGACCUCAUUCAAAGCAUGGGCGAACCCGGUGUUUGGGCUACUGCCGAUCUGCACCAUAUUCUUGGCCAGUAUGGAUGUCUUAUCGUCGAACGAACCGGUGCAGACGUAUGGUCGUUUUUACUCUCGCACGAUCUGCUUUGGAAGUAUCGCCGAAAUCUCAAGAUCGUCAAACAGACCAUCUACAACGAUAUCUCUUCGUCCAAGAUUCGCCUCUUCGUCCGACGUGGACAGUCGAUCAAGUACCUUUUGCCUAACAGCGUUAUCCAGUACAUUGAGAAGGAAGGGUUGUACCGGCUCCCUCCAGACGAAGACCUCAAGUCUGACUCAGAGCAUGCAAACUGGUGA